CCAAGUCCUGUCUGCGACGCGUCCACGUUCAGCCAUCCAAAGCUCGGCUCAGGUGUGGAAGUAUUAUCAAUAGCUGCUACACCCCAAGUCAACUACAGUACCCCUAAAGGACAUCAUGGGCUUCCCUCAAUCAGCGACCUCAGCUUCUGUCGAGUCAAAGUCCAUCUCGCACACGCCGGAAGCAAUGACAAGACCCUCGUUGAAAUAUGGCUUCCGUUGACUCAUAACGACUGGAACGGCCGUUUCCAAGCCACGGGCGGUGGCGGUUUUGCUACGGGCAUGUUUGACAGCAUGCUCGGCCCUGCGUUGAAGCAUGGCUACGCUGCUUCGUCGACGGAUGGUGGGCACGAUGCUGGAAAAUAUUACGACGAUCUUUCCUGGGCGUUGAAUCCAGAUCGCACCGUUAACUGGGGUCUGUUACACAUCUUUGCCACGCGCAGCUUGGCCGAAAUGGUCAUUGUUGGCAAGAGCAUUACCGAGCAGUUCUAUGGCGAGAAACCGCGAUAUUCGUACUGGAAUGGGUGCUCGCAGGGUGGACGCCAGGGCUAUGCCAUGGCGCAAAAGUAUCCUCACCUCCUGGACGGGAUUCUGGCGAAUGCGCCUGCCAUCAACUUGGUCCAUGUCGCCAUGGGCGACUACUGGCCUCAGAUUGCGAUGAAAGAGGCCAAUACCUUGAUGUCGACGUGCGAGCUUGACUUGUUCAGACAGAAAGCCAUGGAAGAGUGUGACAUGCUAGAUGGCGUCAGUGAUGGCAUCAUCUCUGAUCCAGACGUCUGCGACUUCGACCCUCUGCAUGUCAUUGGGAAGAGCUUCUAUUGCGACGGAAAGGAGGCUGAGGUAACGGCGGAAAUGGCUGACAUUGUCCGCAAGAUUGAGAGUGGUCCUCGCACACCGUUCAAAGCACCAAUCUGGCACGGUCUAGCCCCCGGCACACGUACCCAUUACCUCGCGAGUAUCACGAUUAGCCCUGACGGAAUACGAUCCCCCUUACCUUUUCCGAUAUCUUCGAACUUCAUGAAGACACUGCUCCUCAAAGAUCCGUCCUUCAACGUAUCCGAGCUUACGUACCCGAGCUAUAUGGCGCUUUGGGCUCAAGCAAGUUAUGAAUAUGGUCGGCUUCUUGACGCCGAUGAUACAGAUCUCUCCGCUCUGCGCACAUCGGGUACGAAACUCCUUACCUGGCAUGGGAUCAACGACCCAGUGAUCCCAUACCAAAACACUGUCCGAUACCGGGAGCGGGUCGAAAGGGAAAUGGGUGGAGCACGGGGAGUCGACAAAUUCUACCGUCUCUUUCUGGCACCCGGGGUCGAGCACUGUGCAGGAGGCGCUGGACCGGUUCCAGAAGAUGCGCUUGCGGCGUUAGUCGACUGGGUCGAAAAGGACGAACCGCCAGAGACGCUGUCUGCGACCAGCACGAACUCGGACGGAGAUUUGGUGACGCGAGAGCUAUGUGCUUGGCCCGGUAAGCUUAGGUACAUGGGCAUUGGAGAUCCGAAGCGGUGGUCUAGCUGGACUUGCGAAGGCGGCACUGAACGGCCA